AUGUCAACAAUGAAAUUGUAUUUAGGAAGAAAAAUACUACGAAUUUGUCCACUUAAGCUUAAUUACGAUAUUGGCUGCAUUUUAGAACAGAAAGAUAUGGGCAUAUUCAGUUCAUACAGAAAUGCACUGCAUUGUCCAAUUUUAAAUGAAAAUACAACUAUUUAUAUAGAAACAAAUGAAGUGAUUCUAAACAUUGGAUUUAAUGGUACUUUCAAUCAAAAUGUUAAAACACUUAAAUUCAAAAAGAUCAAUGAAUAUAAUACAAAUUUUAAAGAUUCAAACACUGCAAAUGUCAUUUAUAUUUCAAAUGAAUCAAUUAAUAACAAUAACAUAUCAGUCUCCAACAAAAAUAUUAAACUUCUUGUUGGGGAAGAAUAUGGGUUUAAAAAUACUAAUAACAUUACAACGCAAAUGAAUGAUGUUGUGUUUAAUGAUAAGCAAAACUGCACUGCUUUGUAUAUUGACAAAACAGAUAUAUCAUGCAAAUACUAUAAAAAUUCGUAUUUACUUGAUAAUCAAUGCAAAAAUUAUGAUAAUAAUUGCGGAUUAUCAACAACACAAACAAAUGUCACAACAAAGGUUUGUGAAUCGUGUCCUGAUUCGUAUCAUUUUUACAAAAACUAG